GCAAGUUUGCGCACGUUGUUUGCUAAUUCUGUCAAAUAUAUCAAAUCGGAUUUUUCAAACGAAUAUUAACAGAUAAGAAUUGUAGUAAAUCCUAAAGCUCCAAAAUGGUUUUAACCAAGGAAUACCGGAUAUGCAUGCCGAUGACUGUCGAGGAGUAUCAAAUUGGCCAGUUGUAUAUGAUAGCGAGGCACAGUUUCGAGCAAUCUGGGGACGGUGAAGGUGUUGAAGUUGUCGAAAACAAGGAGUGUUUUGACACAAAACAUGGAAAAGGCCAAUUCACUGAAAAGAGAAUUCACUUGUCCAGCCGCCUUCCUUAUUGGAUUCAAUCUUGGGUUCCUAAGAUUUUUUACAUAACUGAGAAAGCUUGGAAUUACUAUCCAUUUACUAUUACUGAGUAUACUUGUUCAUUUAUUCCAAGAUUUAACAUAUCAAUUGAAACUAAGUAUGAAAAUAAUAAUGGGUGUACUGAAAAUUGUCUUAAUUUGACCCCAGAACAACUGGCUGAAAGGUUGGUUGAUCAUUUGGACAUAGCUUAUGAUGAAGUGUCAGCCAAGCAUUACAAGGAAGAGGAGGAUCCUAGAUUCUUUAAAUCAAAGAAAACUCAAAGGGGUCCCCUUGUUGAUGGCUGGAGGAGCAACUACACCCCAAUUAUGUGUUCCUACAAACUAGUCCAUGCAUCUUUUGAAGUGUUUGGCCUACAAACCAAAGUUGAGGACUACAUCCACUCUUGCGUUAGAGAAGUUCUCUUGUUGGGCCACAGACAAGCUUUCGCGUGGAUUGACGAUUGGAUAGAAAUGGAUUUGGAGGAUGUUAGGAAAUAUGAAAGUGAUCUCCAAAAGCAGACUAAUAUGCUUUUAAAUAUUAAUGGUGCUUCUACACCUGCAAAUGAAGCAACUUCUUCAGCAGAUCCUCCAAAAACUCCCUCUGUUGAAGGUACACCCACUUCGCCAAAGUCGCCGGUUAAAAAAGGAUAUUUUAAUUGGUUUUAAGUUAGUUUGUUUUAUUUUUAUGUUGAGUAGUUUUGUGCACUAAAUGAUAGAUCCAUUAUGGUGAUAUUAUUAUCAAAGGACUUGAUUUAAUUACGUUUUCAGUGCCUUGAUUCAGACAUAUUUUAUAUUAGAAAAACGGUCUAAAAUUAUUUAAUUGUUAACAUUUCUGAAGACUGAUUCAGAACUAUUCUCUAAAAUUAUAAAUCAAUAUCAAUUAGUAAUGAAAACUGCCAUUAAAAUUUAAAUGUUACUUUUUUCAUGAAGGUACUCAUGUGGAUUAAUACAGUGCACAAAAUUAAUUUCCAAGUUUAACAUUUUCAGAUGUUUUAAUUACUUUUUUUUGGCAAUGUUCAGUUCCAUGAGAUGUAUUGAAUAAUAUAUUCACAUAAGAAAUUUAUUAAAACUGUUUAUCUUCAUUAAUUUAGUACUUUUGUGAAGUUUGUAAUACUCCACUAGAACUGGAGCUUUUUUUGAAAAAAUGUUUUAAAAUGUAACAUUUUGGACUACUUAAUUAAGGUUGUGCUUACAAUUGAAACAGUACUUUUAAAUUAAUUAUUUCCCCAUAUUAUUUUCAGCCAUUCCGUAUUUUUUCUUUCAGAUUCUAGAACAAAAGAUUAGAACUUUAAUUUUGCAUUGGGGUCGUGCUUUAUUACGUGUGUAAUAUUAUUUUCUAGUCUAUUUCUCAUUUGUUUAAGUUUUUUACUUUUAGACUGGUUCAAUAAUUUUCGGUGUGAUAACAGUAGAAUGCUUGAAGUGUAAAUAAUAUAUUUAUUGUUUUAAGAACUUCGUUCUGUAUUUUUAAAUAAAUGUUCCUAAAUAAA